CACAACUACAAAAUCCUCAAAUCCCCUCAACCAAUCACAACCUCCACUGCACUCAUCUUCCCCUUGCUUACGUGUCACCUGCUUCACCACUCCCUCCAUUAAUGUCUUCCACACCUUCACUCUGAUCUAAUGAUCUCAACUCUGCACACUUACCCUUCAUUCCUUGAACCCAACAAACCCCAAACCCCAAAACAUAAUCCACCAUAAACAAUUAAACAUGGCAGCAUGUUGUUGUUCUGCAUCAGCUGCACUUGAUCUCACCUUGUUUCGUCCAGAUACUGCAUCAAACAAGCUCCGUUUCCCAGUUUCUAGACUUAGUUCUGUCCGUAAACCGAAUCGGUUAAUUCGGUUAAGUCGGUUGAGUCGCUUGAAUGUGGGGACAGUUGGUGGUAGGGGUAGGAUUAUGGCGGGAAGGAGUGAGGAAGUGAUUCUGGUUGAGAAGGAGGAUGGGGAGGUUGAUUUGGGGGGUAAUGGGAGUUAUACUACUUAUGUUAAUGGUGUGGAGAAUGGGAAUGGGAAUGGGAGUGUUGUUGUUGGUGAGGAUGAGAGUUUGGCCAAGUAUGUUAAUGGGAAUGGGAAUGGGAAUGGGAGGAUUGGGAGGGAGAUUGGGGAAGUUGAUGUGGAGAAGAAGGAUGAGACGACGGCAAAGAAGAAGACGGUUGAGGAUAUCGGUCAAGAAGAGGCGUGGUUUAAGCGGAGCGGAAAGGGCAAGGUCGAGGUAUCGGUUGCUCCUGGUGGGCGGUGGAAUAGGUUCAAAACAUACUCAACCAUUCAAAGGACUUGUGAAAUAUGGGGUUUUGUUCUAUCAUUUCUUUUUAAAGCCUGGUUCAACAAUCAGAAAUUUGCAUAUCGCGGGGGGAUGACAGAGCAGAAGAAGGUUCAAAGACGGAAAAAUCUAGCCAAGUGGUUGAAGGAGAGCAUUUUAAGACUAGGGCCCACAUUCAUCAAAAUCGGGCAGCAGUUCUCAACUAGAGUAGACAUUCUUGCACAAGAAUAUGUUGAUCAAUUAUCAGAACUACAGGAUCAAGUUCCUCCAUUUCCAUCGGAGACUGCUGUUUCCAUUAUCGAAGAAGAGCUUGGAGCGCCUGUUAACGAAAUAUUUGAUUACUUCGAUUUUGAGCCUAUAGCUGCAGCCAGUCUUGGCCAAGUACAUCGAGCAAAAUUAAAGGGUCAAGAACUGGUUAUUAAAGUACAAAGACCGGGUCUUAAAGAUCUUUUCGAUAUCGAUCUUAAAAAUCUAAGGGUAAUAGCGGAAAAUCUUCAAAAACUUGAUCCCAAAUCUGACGGUGCGAAACGGGAUUGGGUUGCUAUUUAUGACGAGUGUGCUAAUGUCUUGUACCAGGAGAUUGAUUAUACAAAAGAAGCAGAAAAUGCAGAGUUGUUUGCAAGUAACUUUAAGGAUCUUGAUUAUGUAAAAGUCCCGAAUAUAUACUGGAAAUACACCACCCCGCAGGUUCUUACAAUGGAGUAUGUCCCGGGAAUCAAGAUCAAUAGGAUACAAGCAUUAGAUCAAUUAGGUGUUGAUCGUAAAAGGCUUGGCAGGUACGCUGUCGAAUCGUAUUUGGAACAGAUACUGUCUCAUGGUUUCUUCCAUGCUGACCCUCAUCCUGGUAAUAUAGCGGUUGAUGAUGUGAACGGUGGACGGCUGAUAUUUUAUGAUUUUGGAAUGAUGGGGAGCAUAAGCCCGAACAUCAGAGAAGGUUUGUUGGAAGUUUUCUAUGGAGUUUAUGAGAAAGAUCCAAAUAAGGUUCUUCAAGCAAUGGUUCAAAUGGGUGUUCUUGUGCCUACUGGCGACAUGACAGCUGUCAGAAGAACGGCACAAUUCUUUCUUAACAGCUUUGAAGAACGUCUUGUCGCACAAAGAAAAGAAAGAGAGAUGGCAACUGCAGAACUUGGAUUUAAGAAACAAUUGACCAAAGAGGAAAAAAUAGAGAAGAAAAAGCAGCGUUUAGCUGCAAUUGGGGAGGACUUAUUGGCUAUUGCAGCAGAUCAACCGUUCCGGUUUCCUGCCACUUUCACCUUUGUUGUUAGAGCGUUUUCAGUGUUAGAUGGCAUUGGGAAGGGUCUCGAUCCCCGUUUCGAUAUUACUGAAAUCGCUAAACCCUAUGCCUUGGAACUGCUAAGGUUUCGUGAAGCUGGCGCUGAAGUGGUCGUUAAGGACUUCAGAAAGAGACUGGAUAGACAAUCACAAGCAUUUUAUAACUUAUUUAGACAAGCUGACAGGGUUGAGAAACUCGUUGGAAUUAUCGAGCGAUUGGAACAAGGUGAUUUGAAGUUACGAGUUCGCGCAUUGGAGUCUGAGAGGUCUUUUCAACGCGUUGCUGCUGUUCAGAAAACAAUUGGAAGUGCUGUAGCUGCUGGAAGCCUAGUCAACCUGGCAACAAUAUUAUAUAUCAAUUCAAUCAGAGGUCCAGCUAUGAUAUCAUAUUUAUUUUGUGCAUUUUUUGGCUUCCAAGUUCUCUUUGGCCUGCUCAAGGUUAAAAAACUCGAUCAACGGGAGAAAUUGAUUACUGGAACAGCAUAAAAAAAUCAUUAAAGAGUACAUACGCGCGUGUUCUUGAACGAUACAAGAUCACAACCUAACCUCCAAAAUGAAGCUGCAUGCAGAGUUUUGUAGACAUACAAUCCUUCCGAAAAGCAUUCAUACUCCAGUUUAUAGUUUUAUGGUGAAAGAUUGUAGGAUGGUUAAUAUUUGCAGAUAAAAUAUAUAAUUUUUUGUUAUUAUUGUAGACUAGUUUUUGUGGGCCUUGAAGCUCCCUAAGCCCAACUGAUUAAACUGGGCCGAGUCCAUAUGUGGCUUCUCAUAUUUGACUGUCACAAACUUUAGUGUAGAUAUGUAUCUCUGUAAGAAAAGUCAUGGUUUGACCAUGGUCAAUUUUCUAUGAUCGGGUUGGUGUAAAAGUAUUUAACAUACAUAUACAAGAUUUUAUAUUUAGUUA